AUGGACGACGGCGGCGAGCCAACCAAGUACCGCGGCGUGCGGCGCCGGCCGUCGGGGAAGUUCGCCGCCGAGAUCCGCGACUCCAGCCGGCAGAGCGUGCGCGUGUGGCUCGGCACCUUCGACACGGCCGAGGAGGCCGCAAGGGCGUAUGACCGCAAGGCCUACGCCAUGCGCGGCCACCUCGCCGUGCUCAACUUCCCCGCCGAGGCGCGCAACUACGUGCGCGGCGGCGGGUCGUCGUCGUCAUCGUCGUCUUCCCACCAGCAGCAGCAGCAGGGAGGAGGAGGAGGAAGCGGCGGCGGCCGGCAGGUGAUCGAGCUGGAGUACCUGGACGACCAGGUGCUGCAGGAGAUGCUCAAGGGCGGCGACGGAAAAAAUAACUAG